GAUACGCAGGCAUGAGAUUCGAACUUUAUGGUUGUUAUACAGGUCAUUGCAAGUCAUGGGAGGUUGCAUUUGGAUUACAAAAUGGCAAGAUUCACCAUUCUCAGUUGAGAUCUUCAAGUGUUUACCAAAAUAGGACGAUGUACUCCGAAAAAAAUGGGCGAUUGAAAGGCGAAAACUCCUGGAGAGCGCUGACAAAUGACGACAAGCAAUGGAUUCAGGUUGAUCUUGGUGGAGAGGAAAUCGCUACGGGAAUUGCCACUCAGGGUGCUGGGAACUCCGAUGACUGGGUGAAGUCUUACUUCGUGUCAUACAGUUUGGACGGAGUUAAUUACAAGAAUUACACAAACGACGGAGUUAACAAGGUAUUUAAUGGCAAUGAAGACCAGAUGUCUGUCGUUACAAAUGUAUUAUCUCCAGCAAUAACCGCGCGUUAUAUCCGCAUACAUCCAGUGUCUUGGUUUCACAACAUAUCUCUGAGGAUCGAAGUUUUCGGUUGCUACACAGGCUCUUGCAACAGAAGUGAAGUUCCACUUGGAGUGAGCGAUAAAAAGCUGACAUCAUCAACUGAAAAAAGUGGAUUUUCUGCAUCAGAAGGGAGAUUAUACAGGAGUGGUUGGUGUCCCACAGAAAAUGAUCAGAGCCAAUGGCUCCGAAUUGAUUUUGGCCAGAAAGAACUUAUUACAGCGAUUGCCACUAAAGGUUCUGGCACUGGUUAUUGGGUGAAGACUUAUUCGAUCUCUUACGGUAUGGAUGAAGUAAACCUUACUUCAUACAAAAUCAAUGCAACUCAGAAGAUAAAAUCGAAAUUAUCUGCGUGCGUCGUAUAA